AUGGAUCCCAUAUCAAACCAAGAAAAUAAAGCGCCUGCUCCAGAGAAGCUUAUCAGCGAUGAAGCCCAACUGGCAGCUCUCGGCCAUAUUCAAGAGCUCCGUCGCGAUUUCUCCCUAUGGUCAAUUAUUUGUCUUCAAAUCUCUCUGAUGGCCACCUGGGAGGCGUUAUCCUCGGUUGUUGCUACAGCUCUUACAAACGGCGGAGCGCCAUGUUUGUUGUAUAACUACAUCAUUACCUUGAUUGGUACAACGUUCAUCGUCCUUUCGUUGAGCGAAAUUGCUUCUCUCUAUCCUACUGCUGGCGGCCAAUACCAUUGGGUCCAUUGUCUCACACCAAAAUCGUAUCAAGCCACCGCAUCUUGGUUUACUGGUUGGAUUUCAAUCGGUGGACAGGUGGUGUUUUCCGCAUCCGCAGCUUUCGCGGCGGGCUUACAGCUACAGGCACUCAUCACAUUAAACCACCCCGACGCUUAUAUCCCAACUAGAUGGCAAGGGAUGCUCUUCUACUGGUUCGUAUUAGCUUACUCGACAGCCGUGAAUAUUUGGGGUUCUAAGAUCUUGCCUCACACCAAUAGAAUAGCCGGUGUAUUGCAUGUCAUUGGGUUUCUUGUGAUAGUAACUAUCUUGGGAGCAAUGUCCGAGAAGCACUCUGCAAGUUACGUCUUCGUCGAAUUCUCCAACAGUAGUGGAUGGGACAAUGAUGGGGUCUCCUGGUUGGUAGGACUGCUGAGCACUGUAUAUCCUUUCCUCGGAUAUGAUGCAGCUUGCCAUUUAAGCGAAGAAAUGCCAAACCCGUCCCGUAAUGUUCCACUGGCGAUGGUAGGCAGCGUCAUUAUCAACGGAGUGAUUGGCCUGGUGUAUGCAAUUGUCCUACUUUUCUCCCUAGGAGAUCUAGAAUCCCUACUUCAGUCGAAGACGGGAUUUCCCUUCAUUCAGCUCUUUUUAAACAUCACGGGGUCCCCGGCUGGUUCCUCCGUCCUAGUCCUAUGCAUCACCUUGACCGCAAUGGCCGCCAAUGCUGCAUGUGUGACAUCUACUAGCCGUACGGCCUGGGCAUUUGCACGGGACAGUGGCUUGCCAGCGUCAGGAUUCUUCGCAGAAGUGAGCCCCGCCCUGAAAGUUCCGGUGCGCAUGAUUCUGGUGGUUGGCUUUCUCCAAAUGUUGCUUGGAUUGAUCUAUCUUGGUAGUUCAACAGCCUUCAAUGCAGUGCUAUCGAUGGCCAUUUUGGGAAUGUACGCCUCGUAUCUUUCACCGAUUGUGUUCAUGUUGAUAUAUGGCCGACGAAACCCAGCACCGAGUGUGCGUGGACUUGGCUCUGGAUCAUUCAACCUAGGGCCACGAUGGGGCCCCGUGGUGAAUAUAACUGCCAUCAUUUGGCUCAUCAUAGCCAUGGCUUUCAGCGCGUUCCCAACGGUAGAGCCCGUUACACCGGAAAAUAUGAAUUAUUGUAUCGUGGUGACGACGGGAUGGAUGCUAAUAGGAGGGAUUUAUUAUUAUCUGCUGGGAGGAAAGAAGCGAUUUACGGGUCCAGUGAUAGAGUUGGUAGAGGGCCUAUGA